AUGCGUUCUGUCCAUCGGCGGCGACUCAAUCAUGAUGUACAAGAGCUUCAUCAGAGAUACGGGCCUGUUGUUCGUAUCUCACCAACUGAAGUCUCUUUCGCUACUAUUGAAGCUCAGAAGGCCAUUCACAAGCCCAGAUCUUCAGUCAAACAAGAUUUCUUUUUCACUAAAGAGGGUACUUUAGAAGCCAUGAUGGGCGACAUUAUUUGGCCGGCGACAAAUCUUCUUACGGCCACCAUCACUGAAGAACAUCAACGCUUGAAACGAGCUUUGCAGCCAGCCUUUACUGAGAAAGCACUGAAGCUUCAGGAGCCUAUUCAAGAACGACACACCGACCGUCUAGUUCAAAACAUAAAUGAAGCUGCCAAAGGAGACAAGGUUGUGGAUUUAACUCCGCUUUUAUCCAAAGCUAUAUGGGAUAUUAUUAGUGAUUUGUCGUUUGGCGAACCUUUGCUUAAAGAUCAGCAUGCUAAAUUCGAGAAACUCAAAACCACAUUUUGCAGUGUGAGUCCAUUACUUGAAGCUUUACAGGUUUUGCUAGCUGUACCGGGGGUUCAGGCACUUGCAAAAGCUGUUGUAAGCUUAGUGCCGCUUCUCUUCUGGCUUCCAACCAAUGUCUUGCCGUCGGCAACAUUACGAAAGCGAAUAGAACGUCAAGAUAGGAGCGAAGAUUUCCUGACAGCAAUAAUGAAAUGCAAAGAAAUGGGUAUUAGAAUGACCGAGAAAGAAUUGCAAAGCAAUGCGUCACUCCUUGUCAUGGUCGGCUACGAUACGACCGCUACAUCUUUGUCUGCGACGAUGAACCUACUCUUGCGCCAUCCGAUCCAUCUCAGGGCUCUCAAAAAGGAACUUCGAUCAAAUUUUAACUCAAUCGGUGAUAUUAAUGCGACUUCUUUAGCACAGCUUCUGUUGCUCAAUGGUUGUAUCCAAGAAGCGCUCCGCUUGUUUCCACCAGCAAAUGGAAAAGGUACAAAUCGGACAUCACCUGGCGCCAUCAUCGAUGGUAUUUACAUUCCGCAGGGUGUCAACGUUUCAGCGGAUAUGUACACCAUCCAACGAUCCUCUUCAUAUUGGGCUCGCCCAAAUUCGUUCUGCCCUGAACGUUGGUUCGAUAACGGACCUGAGACAGAGUUUGCUAAAGACAUCCGCUCUUCAAAUUGUCCAUUUCUCCUCGGCCCUAGAAUGUGUAUCGGUCGAGCUGUAGCACUGCAAUCUAUGAGGCUUUUACUGGCUAAAACUGUGUACAUCUUUGAUUUGGAGGCAGCUGAGGAUUACAAUUGGGAGACGGAUGUGUCUUGCUCUUACCUUUGGACAGGAUAUAGAUGCAUGGUUCGAGUCCAGUGA